AUGGCGGGCAGGGUGCGGCAGCCCAUCGACGAAGUCGCCUUUGGGAGGUUUGUGUCCGAAAAUGUACCCCAGAUCAAGCCGCCGAUUGAGCUGAAGCAGUUCGGCUUUGGCCAGUCAAACCCGACCUACCAGGUGACGGGUGCCGAUGGGCAAAGGUUCGUCAUGCGCAAGAAGCCGCCGGGCAAGCUGCUGUCCAAGACGGCACACAAGGUCGAGCGCGAGUACCGAAUAAUGCACGCCCUCGAGGGCACCGACGUGGUCGUGCCCAAGACGUACUGCCUCUGCGAGGACGAGACGGUCAUCGGCACGCCGUUUUACAUCAUGGAGUUCCUCGACGGCCGCAUCAUCGAGGACUUCACCAUGCCUGACGUGACGGCCGAGGAGCGGACGCAGAUGUGGCGCGCCGCCGUCGAGACGCUCGGCAGGUUCCACGGCGUCGACUAUCGAGCCGUCGGCCUGGCCAAGUUCGGCAAGCCGUCGGGCUUCUACGGCCGUCAGAUCCAGACGUGGAGCACGAUAUGCGCGAGGCAGGAGCUCGUUCGAGACGUUGACACUGCCGAGGAGGUCGGUAGGCUACCGCACUUUGACGAAACCGUACGCUUCCUCACCGACGAGCGGCGACAGCCCGAGGAGCGGACGACCUUGGUGCACGGGGACUACAAAAUCGACAACCUCGUGUUUCAUAAGACGGAGCCGCGGGUCAUUGGAAUUCUCGACUGGGAAAUGGCGACCAUCGGACACCCGCUCUCCGACGUCUGCAACAUGCUGACGCAGUUCUACAUGGCCACGCAACCUGACGGCGCGGGAUCGAGCAUGGCCGCCGGCUUUCUGCCGGGACGGACGCCUGGCCUGCCGAGACCGGAGCAGAUCAUGGCCUGGUACGCCGACGUUGCCGGCUACGACCCGCGCCCGGACCUGACUUGGGGGAUGGCUUUUAACAUCUUCAAGAUCGCCGCCGUCUGCCAGGGCAUCGCCGCGCGGUACGCGCUGCGGCAGGCUAGCAGCGAAAAGGCCAAGCUCCACGCCGUGACGAGAUUCCCACUUGCCGAGCUGGCCUGGGAGCUGGCGCAGGCCGCGAGCAAGGAGACAGGCCCACGGCUAUUCGAUCCUUCACCGGUCCAGCAUGAACCUCGAUCCGUUGACGAUCGGAAGGCGAUAAAGGCGUGGCGAUAUUCGACGCUUCCAAGCGUACACGCCGCUUCCGAUCUCGGGCGAAAGCGACGGCGUCGGCGUAUGGCGACGGACAGCAGGCGGCGCAUCACGCUGCCGCCUUCGUCGCCGCCGCUGCGGGAGGAGCAACGUCCGCUGCUGAGCAGGCUCUAUACCGACCACGGCGACGACGGUGACAAUGUGUACAGCUGCAUGACGAAUCCGCACAGCCACCUGCCCGUGUACACGAGCAUUCACCGCAUACGGCGUGACAUUUCGAGCGUCGUCGAGGAUUACCUCAGUCUCGAGCAGCUUCGGGAUGUGAGGAUCAACGUGACGGUUGUGAGACCGCUCGUGGAUAAGUUCUACGAGCUCGAGGACAUCUCCAUCAUCUACUGCCUCCUGGUCAAUCGGGCCCAGUUCCUCGUCGAGGAGGCGCAGUCGAGCAAUCGGCAAAACGUCAACUGGACCCGGGCCACGCUGUGCGAACUCAUCGCGACGCGCAUAUUGAGGCGCUUCGGCGAGGACCACCAAGGCGCCGACGGCCUCCUCCUCCUCGCCCACAUCCUCGUCGCCGGUUUCGAACCCUUCCAGAAUGCGCCGCUGCACAUCCGCCAGGAGGCCGAGGCCAAGACCUCCUGGACCUACCAUCGCACCCUCCCCGCUCUCGAGGUGGCCAUUGUGACGGAGAGCAAGCACUUCCUCAGCUCCACCACCUGCCAGCGCGUCGUCUCCGCCAUCUACGAGGGCCGCAUCAUCUACACGCCCUCGACCUUCUGGGACAUCAUCCCCGACCACUACAAGCUGAAGCCCAUCUCGCUCUACGACCCCCGCAAGUCGCCGCUGCUGAACCAGUACCGCCUCAUCGUCCCGCGCACGCGCAACAUCCUCGAGUCGUCCCAAUUCGUCAUCCUCCUCGCCCUCUACAUCGCCGUCAUGCUACUGAGGGAAAAGACGAGGCUCACCGUCGUCGAGGCCGCCUUUGCCGUCUACGCCUUUGGAUGGGGCUUGGAUCAGUUUGCGACUCUCCUCGCCCAUGGCUGGGGCGUCUAUACACAGAACCUGUGGUCUUUUCUCGACGUCGCCUUCAUCCUCAUCUACCUCGUCUACCUGAUGCUGCGCCUGCACGGCCUGAGGAUCGGCUCGUCGGAACCGGCCCAGCAGGCAUUUGACGUCCUCGCUCUCGCCGCCCCCGUCUUGGUGCCGCGCCUCGCGUUCAACCUCUUGUCCGACAACCUAGUCUUUCUUUCCUUGCGAUCGAUGAUGGCCGACUUCAUGCUUCUGACCGCCCUGAGCGCACCCCCUCGUGUAAGCGCCAAGUCCCGCUUCGCUGCGUCGCGCAGCUCGACUGGGCUAACUGGUCAGAACGAUAUCGAAGUGGAUGAUUUACAUCUGACCGAAUUCCACUGGUUGCUCGGACCGGCGCUCAUGGUCGCCUUUGCCUUUCUCGGAAACACCCUCUUCCUGACGAUCCUCGUCUCGAUGCUUUCCAACACGUUCAGCAACAUAUCCUCCAACGCGACGGCCGAGAUUCAGUUCCGCCGGGCCGUGCUGACCCUCGAGGGCGUCAAGGCGGACGCCGUCUUCGCCUACCAGCCGCCCUUCAACCUGCUUGCGGUCUUCAUCUUCCUGCCCCUCAAGUUCGUCGUCAGCCCUCGCUGGUUCCACAAAAUCCACGUCGCCACCGUGCGGCUGGUCAAUUUUCCCCUGCUGCUUAUCAUCGCCAUCGCCGAGCGACGCUUGCUCUGGCGGUCCGGCGCCCAGGGCGAGGCGAUGCCGCCCAGGGCCGGUAGGAAAUGGUUUUGGAGGAAGUGGCAGCUCUCGGCACAUCGCUACCUACGAGCCGUCUUCCAGGUCCAUCCGCCGGAUGGCGUGCAUGAUGACAUUGCCGUCGAUGACGACCUGACGCACCAUCUCAUCCGGCGGCAGUUCACCAAGCAGUCGUCGGAUACGACGGCGUCGACGCAGUUUCGAAAACCGUCGCGCAGAGACUCCAUGUUCCCCGGCCUCUCGAGCAAGCUGAGGACGUCCUUCACGUCGACGAGUGACGAUGACAGCAUGGUGGGCAUGGCCGCUAGGAUGGCGGCCAUGGAGAAGGCGGUGAAGCGGAUGGAGCAGGUUCUGACGAGGCUGCUCCCGGAGGACGAUAGUGACGAGAUGGGCGAAGGCAGCACGCUGAGGGAUGGGGACGCCGUCACCGCUGAGUCGUCUUUUCGGGCUCAAGACGGAUGA